GCCAAUUUCCACCUCCAACACAUCGCGAGGACUUUCCAAUUUGGGGAUGGCACUUUCAACAACCCACCUACGAGCACCUUACUAUCUAGUAUCUACCCCGCCGUUUUCCGAGGAUGUGUGAUGAUAACACAUUAAUCAUUUGAAGCUUCUCUUUCCUUAUCAUAUCCACUGAUAAUGUCAAGGUAAACUCUUAUUGAAAGUAUAUACGACAUACACUAGAUUUGUGUACCAAUUUCCGUUUAAAUAGUUUGCAAAGUUCAAACCUCCCUGGAUUUACUCUAUUCCUUCGUUAUUGUUCAAACUGUUAUUCAUCGUUAGCAUGGCACCUGCAACAAUAACAACAGCAUCCGGUGCAUCCUGGCAAGAGGUUGCCAAAGAUAGACAGAGAUAUCGAGAUGAGACUAUCGCAGCUAUCAAGCCACCUAUCCCAGAUGUCACGGAUAUUCCAUUAAAUACAUUAUCAGUUGCGAGAAAAGUACUUACAUCCGAGGAGAUUAAAAUUACAGAAGCUACAGUCGAAAGUCUAGUGGCUAAACUUGCAAAAGGAGAGUUAAGUGCAACCGAAGUUGCGAAAGCAUUCUUGAGAAGAGCUGGGUUGGCCCAAAAAGUGACUAAUUGCAUCACUGAAUUACUUCCCGAGCGAGCGCUUUCUCGUGCAAAAUACCUCGACGAAUAUUUGAAAACGAAUGGAAAGACUAUUGGCCCUCUUCACGGUAUACCGAUAAGCAUAAAAGAACAUAUUGGUAUCAAAGACCUGGACCAUAAUGCGGGCUUCGUUGCUUGGGUUGGCAAAACAAGUCCAGUUGAUUCCCAUAUUCUAGAAAUUCUGUUGAAUGCAGGUGCUAUAUUAUACGCUAGGACUACACAGCCUCAAACUUUGAUGCAUUUAGAGACAAGUAACAACAUAUAUGGAGUGACUGUAAACCCAUUCAAUACCACUUUGACUUGCGGUGGCUCUUCAGGUGGUGAAGGGGCGUUAGUUGGAUUUAGGGGUUCGUGUCUUGGUAUCGGUACUGAUAUUGGUGGCUCAAUCCGUUCACCGGCAGCAAAUAAUGGUGUAUAUGGCAUGAAGCCAACAGCUCGUCGCUUACCAGUAGAUGGAUGGACUGCAACUAUGGCUGGUGCCGAGCACAUCGUUCCCACAAUCGGACCAUUAUCAACAAGCUUAGAUGGCUGUAAAGUCUUCAUGAAAGCACUCAUUGAUGCAAAACCAUGGUACAAAGAACCAUCGCUUUUGCCCUUUCCUUGGCGAGAAGAGAAUUUCUUCCCGGGCAAAAAAAUAAAAGUUGCGAUUUUAUGGGAUGAUGGGGUUGUUAAACCACAUCCCCCAGUCACAAGAGCCUUAAAACAAGUCGUGGACAAGCUUAAGACGAAUGCAAAUAUAGAAGUGGUUGAGUGGAAGCCAUAUAAGCAUGAUCUAGCUUGGGAGAUAAUUGCCAAUUUAUAUUUCUCCGAUGGUGGAUCACAAGAACUUGAUGCGCUAAAGGAAUCUGGGGAGCCCCUUCGACCCCUCACUGAGCACAUCAUUAUUCAAAACAAGCAUCUACAAUCUCAUAGCAUCGCAUCGAUGUGGGAUUCUCAAGUUCAACGGGAUAUGUAUCGCACUGAAUAUGCAAAUAUUUGGAAUGAAACAGCGACUUCGAAAGGUGCAAAUGGUGAGCUGGAAGGAAUGGUGGACGUUAUACUGUCUCCAGUUGGACCAGGGAGUGCACCAAAACUAGACACCAGUAAAUGGUGGGGUUACACUUCGCAGUGGAACCUGUUAGAUUAUCCUGCUUUAGUCUUUCCAGUCGACAAGGUUGAUGUGGAAAAGGAUAGUACUGAAGAGACGUACACUCCAAGAAACGACAAGGACAAAUACAAUUGGGAUCUAUGGGAACAACAUGGGGCUGAAGGUUAUAAAGAGGCACCAAUCAGCUUACAGUUGAUAGGAAGACGAUUUGAAGAUGAGAAGGUCAUCCAGGCUUUGGAGAUCAUUCAAGAGCAAACUGGAUUACCGUUUGUUGAAUACAUUUGAAUGAUCUCAAUCGAAUAGAGGGAAUUCCAAAAAUCAUUACCCUACAUAUUACGUCAACUUUACAAAUUUAAAGUUCAUCUCUUCAAUUAAGUCAACAUGCCAAGUGAACUAUAUUGUAAUGACAUCCAAGAUGAAGGGGCUCGCUUAUUACUGUUGGACUGUCUCCUAAAUUCGGGAGUACCACGGCAGUGGCCAAUCUUACUACAACUUGGACCUGUUCAUUUCUAAAUAAGCGAUCCCGAUGCGACUCGUGAAACAAUUGCGUAUUCUUCAUCGUGUUGCCUCAAAACAGGCCAGCGGCCAAUAUGAGGGUCUAUGCGACAGGCAGCCGAAAGACUAUUGCGGAUCCAGAAGAUGAGAAUCUUUGACACCUAGAGAUACUGAUUUACAACACGAACUUGAGAUGAUGCCCACGAACCUACCCUGUAAUUCUUCACAGCUCAACAUUCUCUAUAAUAUUUUUGACUGGCGCCAGCCCUUAAAUUCAGAUUAAUUCAUCUCAUCACACAUGAUUUACGACGUCCCGUACUAGUCUCUAGUAAUGCAAUCCAGUUCGUCCCAUAAUACUUAAUCACUUUUUCCACUUCCAUCGUUCCUCUUCCUAGCCUUCAUAUCUUACAAACCAUGUAUGAUCCGCAUUGGAAUUCGGAAGCCUGACGUAGCACUUUAGCAGCUUGGCACUCCUAGAAUACCUUACUGAAUUGCCUACAACGCCCGGAAAAUAUCUCACCGAACUGCAAAAUCACAUUCGGUCCGGUAUUACUCCGUAGUUCUGGUAAUGAUUAACUGAGGAUUGUCGAUACGCUUGAUUUGCAGAAAUAAUAUAGUGUUGGGAGGCUCAAUGUUAAAAGGACUGAGCAAGUGCCUGGCGAUGUCCUGUGCUGAUUUUGUUUCUAUUUUCAGAUGUGGGUUUGGUCUUUGAUGGUGGGACCACCAACUAAACUUUGGGAGCGCGUCGCAAUAGGCGGAUUGAUCGUGAAGUUGAUGCAAUGAACAGAGCGGGAAUAGAUGUGAAAGCCUUGAGGUGUUUCUUACAUGUUCUCUAUUAGAAACGUUCUUCCAU